GAAAAGCCCGUCGCGUCAGAUAUGCGUUUAUCCGCUAUUACUGAAAGUAAAGAAAGCACUUGUUCGAGGCAGAACGUAAAUAGCCGGCAAGCAUGGCGAAGGCAGAAAAUUCGUCUCUAGAAUAUGAGCAAGAAUUAACAGUUGUAAUAUCUCUCCGAGCCGGACGGAGCCCCGAGGACAUUAUAGACUUUCUUGGCUACCCUGAAGCGGCCGUUAAUGCCAUUGCAAAUCAGUACGCUGCAGCUACCGCGGCAGAUGCAUUCAGUACAUUGAAACAGAAGGUCGCCAUCAGAAAGAAAACCUUGCAAAUGAGCAAAAAGGGAAUCUGCGUCAACUUUGAACAACUGAAUUUAAAGGUGGCUCUAGGAGCUUGGUUGACGAUAAACGUAUGGGACAACCAGAAACUACAACCACCAUCGAUAACAUCAAAAAAUUUCACCAAUGAUGAUUGUCGAAUGAAGUCUAAAGCCCGGAAGGUUUUUGUACCACCUGUAAACGAUUCCUCCAGCUCAGAAGUAAAGGAGUUCUUACAAGAGUCUUCCGAUCAAUAUAAACGAAGCCAUCCGCACAAUAGCACUGAGUACAGCUCCAGGAGGAAGUCAGACCCCAGGCUGCCAGAUGUAAGACAUCGGAAGGUACCUCGCCAAGAGCAGCAAGGCUCAUCAACAAUGGCAGUAUCUAGCGAGCAAUUGCCGAUUCCGUCAGUUACGGUCGCAAACUCUGCAAGACGUGAUCAGUCGUACUCAAAAGCCAACAGGAUCAGAAUCCUUAACCGGCGUCGCUCACAACCACCAUCAUCAACUGUCGGAACAAGUCUUGACUAUUUUGGAGCCUCGGACACACAGAACGCCGAACUCGAAUCAGCGAUAAAAGAUGAAAUUAAAGAAGAAGUUGUUGAUCCAGAGAAUGGCAACCAACAAUUCGUUAUGGCCACCGAACAUGAACAACAGGUAAUUUGUAAUGGCGCGGAAAGUUGGCGGGGGAACGGGUUACCAGAUUUCGUGUUGUCACAUAUUAAACAAGAGAUUAAGUCGGAGAUACUCGAUGAAGUAGCCCCGGAAGCAUUUGACGAUGGAUUAACACAUCCAGUUGUCAUUAAAACUGAACCUAAAGAUAACGAUGAAAACCUUUUAGGAAUUUAAUCGGUUCUUAAAGGUGUUUUAUGGUGUUCAAUAAUCUAAGAGAAAGAUGUAUUUUUACCUAUAUUAUAACUGAAAUAAGAACGCUUGUUAAUAGUAAUGCAUAAUAUGAAUAUUUGUUUGAAUUGCAAACCUUGACGCAAUUUGAGGUAUUUUCUGUAUAUAAAUAUACUUCGUGCAUAUAUGUUGCCGGAUUAAUAACCUACAUUUAUACAAAGACAGACAGUGAAA